AUGAAGAAGCCAAAGAGAGUGUACAAGCAGAAAUUACUGUUAAGUGAAGGCACGAAACUGAAGUUAAAGAGUGAGUAGUUGUUACCCUCCAAAGAGAUCUGAUCAGUAAGCCUUGCUAGUGUGCUCACGGAAAAUCUCCUCUGAAACGCUAUCGAAAUUGUAACUAAACGCUUCUUAAGUGUCGUGACUUUGAGAAUAGAGUCAAAGAGCCGUGUGGUUGAGAUCUACACGGUAUGAUAAAUUGAUGUAAUCAAGCUCGUUCCUUAUAUUUUUUUGUCUUCAGUGUAGAUGAAAAUUAGGGAAUUGGAAUUAGCCAAUCAAAGGGAGAGGGGAUUAGCGAAUCAAAACAUUUGUUCACAAACCCAUGGAGCAGUGUAGAUCUUGACCAAAAAAUGCAUUUGUGCACGUGUAUUACAGUAAAAUACAGUCGUAAUAACACAGUGUCUGAAUUUAGUGCCUGAUUUUGUUUUCAGACAAAGUUUGUUGCAGGGAAAAUAGCUAAUAUGGUUCUUGCAUGUAUUUUUUAGGAAUUUGUGAAUCUGCUGAUGAGGUUGAAGUACCAAAACUUUUGUUAAAGUGCUUGGAAGAAGAUGAUACCACAAUACAUUGUGCUUUGUUAAAAAAGGUUUUUAUAUUCUUCUUUUCUUUUUUAAUGUUACCAAGUACUUUAAGUUACAAAUAAUAUAAAAGUGUCAUUUGAUAUAUCUAAGUUUCCUUCACUUUGUCUUUUUUAAGGCUGGUACUGUUUUUCCAGAUGAAUGCAAAAUCAAGCUGUCAUCUGAUGAGGCUCACACAUGUCUUGCUGCUCUGGCUGAAUUUUAUGUAAUAUGUGACUCAAAAAAUCCUUCAAGGAAAAUUAUUUCAAGGUAUCUUGAUUUGAAACUGUCAAGUCAUGAAGUUAUGUACAUUUUUAAUUUUUUUUUGGUAUAAAUGAUAAUAAUGACAGAUAUAUAUAUGUCACUUAUGUUGCUUUGAUAUUUAUUUAACACAUAGAAUACUGCAACUCGUCUUUUCUGUGGGGGUGGCUUACAUUUAUAUAAAAUUUAAAUAUACAUGUUGUCAGUUGCAUUUAAUAAUUUCCAAAAUUUAUGAUAUUACUCAUCAAAAAUUAAUGCUAUGAUUUAAGGUGAAGUUGUUGCUUCCAGGAUUUUAUUACUUACAUAACAGUACCAUAUGUUUUCAAUGUUGCAGUGUUUUUGAUGGUUUGCCACAAGGUUUUCCCUCUGAAGUUCUAAGCUCAGUGAUUGUAGAGAAGAUAAGUCGUGCAAGAGAUGUCUUAAUGCUGGUAUGAGUCUAAGUUUUGAAGGUUGUAAACAUUUGUUCAGCAAUAAAUGUGGUUAUGAAUAAUUUACUAUUUUGAAUAAAGUUAGAAAUUCUUAAUUUGAGCUUUUAAGAUCUCAUUAGUAAUUCUUCUUACUGUUUGUCAUACCAUUCUUAAGAUACUAGUUCAGAGAAUUUGUUUUUGGAUCAACUAAUCCACUAAUUGAUAUUUUUCUAUAUUCUCAUAACUUUUCUGCUUGAUACUAAUAUUGUAAAGAGAGAUUCUGUCUUGGUCACUCAUGAGAAUCAGAGGGUUAUAGGGGAAUUAAUUUACUCUUGAGAUACAUCUUUGCAAAUGUUGCAUCCCACAUUCUGGUUUUUAAGAUUCUCUUGCUUCUAGUCUAGUAUGAACAAAAUAUAGUUUCCCCCAGCUUAGUGCAUGAACUCCCUGACUUGUAAGUCCUUAAAAACUCAUGAAAUUCUUCCAUUUCCAGUGUUCUCCUUUUCAGGCAGUAACCGAUAACAUUUACCGCCUGUAGUGCCUCUUAUUACUGUUUAAAAUUGCUUGAAAUUCUUGAAAAUUUAACUUGUGAAAGGAUUGUUUUACUAGUUUGAAAAUUCAUUUUACCUGUCAUGCUUAAAAUAAGGGAGAACACUGCAUUUCGUGACCUUAUAUUUUCUAACUGGAAUGUCCCCCAACUGAUUAUCUGUGAUAAUCUUAAUCUUAUCUUAAUUUUAGCUAAUAGUUGUGAAUUCACUGGGUUUUUUUUUUUUUGUAUUUAGUAUUUACUGAUUUUUGUGGUCAAUUUAUUCUUUAGGCUGAAGAUAUAAAUAUUCGACAUUAUGUAGAUAUGAUAGCUGAUAUGUUGGAUUCAUUUACUCUUGGUUAGUGAGUUUCUGUCAUGGUUUCUUUAAGAAAUAUAGUUGGAAGAUAGAGUAAAAAUAGCCUUCUACCCUGCUACUAGCUGGAUUUUUCUUUGGUUGUCCCAAGUUCAGCUCCUUGAGUGGGCUUUAUGGCAUAGCCAGCUGUUUGUUUCCAAUUUGUUUGUAUUGGCGCUGAAAAAGCCCAUUGGGGGUGGUCAAUUGUUAUUAUUAUCACAAUGCAAUUAUACCCUAUAUAUUAAUUAGUCAUUGAUUCUUUAGAAAACAUUUAUCAUUUAAAUUAGAAGCAAUUGUAUAAGUUGGCAUUCCUAGGAGUGAUUGGGACAAUAAUAAACAACUGUCAAUUUUGUCUUGUUUUGUUUUUACAGGAGCUGAUGUACUUCUUACCAAUGGCCAUUUGGGUAAAUAUGAAAUGUUAAACAGUGGUGCAUGAAACCUUUGAAUGUAAAAAAAGAAGCUAGCAAUAUGGUAGAAGACUAUUAUAAUGAUGCACUGGCAACAAUGUUAGAUGUUCAAUCUCCUCGUUGUUGGUGUGUAAAUUGCCAGAAGUAAAAAAAUGAUUUUUUUUUUAACUUCUCCUACCCCAGUAAUGGAUUGAAGCAAAGAUAAAACAUACAUUGUACCUGCAUGUGUAGAGAAUAAACAGGAGCAUAGUAUUACAGUAUAGAUGUAAAAUUAAUGUACUUUCAAGAUAAAGCCCUACAGGAUAUAUUUUUGAAUGGAUCAUUAAGUUAACAGUUUGUCAUUGUUCUCUUAUUUCAGUAUUCAAAUUUCUUGGCUUGUGUUUAAAAGAACAGUGGAAAGUUGCCAAGUGAGUGAGGUUACAUUUAUGGAUGUGGGUGACUAAGACACCUUUCUUCACCCAAGAAAACUUUAUGGUUUGGUCAUAUGAAAAAUGUUGGCACAGCUGCCUCAAUCAGUGUUAUCCUCUCUUGGUUACCCACAACCUCAACCUGAAGAACACAUGUUUGGUUGUUUUACAAGACAGAGUAAUUUUCUUUAUGUCUUUUGAGUGAUGUGCAUUGGGGAAAAGUAAGCUUUUUUCUAGCUCUCCCUUUGGAAAAGAAAGGAAAAGAAGAAAAAGACUGAGGUACUUAAUUUCCCUUCCAAGCCCUCCAUCUUCCCCAUCAAGUAUUGCAUGAAAGAGUUAUACAAUAAAAUUGACCAUAUUCCUUAUAUUAUUUCUCUCUCCUUUGUAGAGCUGAGCGAUCUCCGGCUUUGCAGACCUCUCUUAUGAUGGACUGUUUAGCAGUUAUAAAGACAAUAAUUUCUUUUCUUCAGAAAUCCAGUUCUGAGACAAAUUUAUGUAAUUUGUUUGACCAGCUCGCCUUGUCAUGUGUUAAAAAAGAAGAGGCUGGUCAUAAUAGUUAUAAAGACCUUAAUGCAAGUCUUGACGCAGGCCAGUUAUGUGGUAGCAGCUACUCAGAUGCUCCAAUAACUGUGAAGCUGUGGACUGAUUUGAUGACAGAAAUGCUGAUAGACCUUUGUGGUGUUUUGUUUGAUGGUAUGACUUGUUUUAUAGGAUUUCUUUAUACACAACAUAUUUUUUACUAGAUCUGCAUUAUUUAUAGAUUGGUGCAUGUACAUGAAAGCUCCCCUAUCUUAGUUCUGGAACAGUUGUAAAAUGAAAAGUCAGAACUAGUUAUGUGUGACCAUGGGAGUCACAUUUGUAGAAAAUGAUAGUGAAUCUGAUCCAGCCAAUUUGUCUGCCAGUGAGUUAUCCAAGGUGUCAGUUGAUAUGUAUAUGACACCAGCAACUUGCCACAUGUGCACCACCAACAUGCUGUUGAUUUGCAGUAUGAACCUAAAAGUGAAGUGAUGUCUGAUGGGCUGAUUGAUAAUUAAGUGAUAUUUGCUCAACAGUCUAAUGCCAUAUUGGAGGAUAUGUUGGUUAAAUCAGUUUUUUUUUAUCAUAUUUCUCACCUGUAGUAGGGUUUUAUUGCCUGGUAGAUGAUUGUUCCAAGUGAAGCUUAUAGAUCACCAACCCCUCUUACAAACUAGUAAAAUUUUUCAAAACAUUCUUAAAGGCACAAUUAAGUUGGUAUAAAAUUCAUUAUAAACAAUGGUGUGUGUAUUUGAUAAUUCAUCUUUCCUUUCACAAAUCAAAUAUAUGAUAGGUCAAGAUUUUGUGGCUGAUAUGAAGAUACCAGUAAUGUCAGAAAUGGUGUUCUAACUUACAUUUCAGAUCUAUUUUUCCUUGACUGUCAAUUAACAGCUGGAAUGGCCAUUCUUGCUGUUAUCAAAGUGAUGUGCCCAGCUCAAAGUGUUGUGUCAACAGUAAGUAUCUUUUAUUUGUCUUACAUUGCAUGACAGUGGCAGAUGAUAGUGAUUAUUGAUGUUGAGCCAACAUCCCAGCUUCCACCAUUUUCCAACUCAGCAUCAUGGAAAUUGGACUUUUAGUAAAUCCCAUACUUAUUUGUCAGUUUUAAUUAUAGUAUUUUGUCUUGUUAUUCAUUAUUCCUUAAAGAGAUAAUAACUGACUUGUUUGAUACUAAUUUAUUUGUUUGUUCAUUGUGUGAUUGACCCCAUAAACAGAUUGGAAAGUUGAUUUUCCCCUCUCAUGCCCCAAGUGGACACCUACCUUUUUCACCCUUGAGUGAUCCCAAAAUCGUUUCCAUCUUUCAAAAUUCUCCAGGUAAGUAUUCUCUUGCUUUGAAACCUUAGUAUAAAGUGUUUUGUCAACCUUGUAUGAGAUAUCAAUAAUAUAGUUUUUUACUAGCAAAUAAUGUUAUAUUAACAGUGAGUUGACAUUGGAUAAAGUUUUGUUUCAUUCAAAUUUAGGUAUCAAAUGAACAGUUUCCUUUCUGAUGAAUGCUAUAUUUUCAUGCUUAGGAAUAACCAGUUUCUCACACCUGUGUCUUUGCCGAGGAGUCUUGGCUAUAAUUCCCCUUCACAUGCUGGUUGAGACCUCAGAGGUAAAAAAAGUGAAACUAAAUUUGAACCCAGUAUUACAUAUGACCUGCUAACAGUGAUUUUAAUCUUAUAUCAUGCUGCAUCUCAAGGUUUUGUGUCUGCCCAGCUGUUGCAGUGUGUUCUUUGUAAAAAAUGACAACCUAUACCCUAUAUAAUUUUUCCUACAAAUGUGUCUGUUAAGAAAACUUCUUUACAGCUGCAUUUGCAUGAUCUGGUUUUGAAGCAGUAGGCCAAAAAUACAUAAAUUGGCCCUUCUUGAACUCACAGGUCUUGUCUAUGAUGUCAUAACAACUUGCCGGUAAUCCCAUCUUAACCUUUGCACAAAAUUGAUUGUGAUAGCAUAUUCAUUCCAUGACCUUUAUUGUUAUUCCUCAUCUCCAUUCACUUGUAAAAUGAGUGUUUAUGGUAAUUGAGGUGUAUGAUGUUUGAUUAAGAUUACUGAUGAAUCCUCUAAGUAAUUCAUGUAGUUGGAAACACAUUCCAUUUUGUUGAGCAUGAUAUAAAAUGACAAUUAAGUGGAGAUAUCAACAUCCUAAGGCUGCAACAGACUAACAUCUGCCAAAGUUUUGAGAAGAUCACUCACUGUCAUAAGUAACUCACAGUACUUUCCAGGACCACUCUAACCUGAAUGAUCACAUAUGAGGUUAUCCUCAAUUAGAAUACACAGCAAUCACUUGCACACGGGUGUGAAUAAAUGAAUUAAAGAUAAAACUUCCUCAAACCUAGUUUGUGUCAUGUAGCAGCUCUUAUUGUGAAAAGAGACUGUACCCUCCUCACAUUGUCUCUGUCCACCCAGGAGUAUAAUGGGUUGUGGCAAACUACAGAGUGAAAAAGGAUAAAUGCAGAGGGGGUGGGGUGGGUGAGGGACUUGCAAAAGAGCUGCAUCUCUUCAAGAGAGAGUAGGGGGAUGGUUGUUUUCUGAUGUGGAAACUGGAAUAUGUUCUGUUAAUAUUAAUGAAUCACUUGUUAAUAAUUGUUUAUAUUAAGUAAAUUUUUUAUCAAAUCAAUCAUACCAUACCUACAGGUCAUAUUAGAUGGUCAAAGUAAGCAUGGAACUCUGAUGUUUGACGCUUUGUUUCCAGACUUGUGUUCUCUUUGUGACAGGUAACAUGAUCUGUUUAAUACUUCCUGCAUGAAAUAAGAUAAAAGAUUUGAUUUAAUGAUUUAAUAAUUCAUGCACUUGUCGUGCAAUGUUCUCCUGUGAUUGUGUGAACUCGCAAGACUCCAGAUACAAUGUAAGUUACCAGCCACAUAAUCGUAGAAUUCAAAGGAAUUAAAUUGCAACAUUAGGUCUUUUUUGUUUAUCCCCUCUUCUAUUAUUAUCACAAUACAAGUCAACCAAGGGUUACAUUAAACUUUUCCAACUUUUUGUGCACUUUGCACUGACAAGAAUAUUGUGACAGAAAUGACAACCUCGUGAAUACUGACAACUGAAGUUGUUGGGUAUUUUGAUCAUGUCCUUACCCACCUUCUCUUGAAUAUUUUUCCAAACUGCUUCAGCCAACAUGAUCCAAAAUCUUUAAAAAAAAAAUGAAAAAACUGACUAUUAUGAUAUAAUAAUAUUAAUUUAAAAAAAGAUCUUUGCCCAGAAAACUCAAAUAUUUAAGGAGCUGUUUGGGAGAUUUGUUCUGUACCUUUAAGACUCUUUGUAAUAUAGCAGAGUUGGUAUACUUGUUCAUACAUUGUCUUUUAUACCACCAUGCAGCCUUAAAGAAUGCAAUACAUCCAUUAUAGCCUUUCGUACUCUGACUCUGUGGGCAAAUCAGGCCAGGUGAGAAACCAAGACCUUCAUUUUGAAACAACCAUGACUCUUUCGUUUAUUUAUCAAAUUACUGACUUGUGGAAGUGGAAGGAUAAGUAUUUGUGAAAUUUAAUGUUUAAAAUUUAUGAAUCUGAGUUUUUCUAUUCAGUAUACUUAACAUGUUGUUUAUAAAAAAUCCUAUGUAUAGCCUGGUUUUUUCGUGUCAUACUGUACUCAUAAUUUGUUACCUCCUUUUUAGACAAAUAGCCACUAGUAAUCACUGUGAAGGUUCUUGGCUUAAAGAAAAGUUAUAUGGCACAUCACCAAUUCCAACCAAGCUUCUGAAUUAUGUCUGGACUCAUUGGGACCAUCCAGUUGAGGUGAAUCAAGCUGUUUUGGGUCUAUAAUUGAGCUGUGGCUAUAAUAAUUUUAAGGAAAUGUCAGAAUACUUGGUAUUAUUAUAUAAAUGCCAAUGAAAUACUAAGUGAGCUUUUGUGUGAAAAUAAGCUAUCUUCACACAUGGAAAUAUCUUUGUUGCCAUGGUUACAUAUACAAAAGUAUUAAUGUGAAAUAAUUAAGUAUUUCAUUGGUGUUUAUGUAAUAAAAAGAAAAUUAAAUGGCCACUCAGAAAUAUGAAUAUUCUCUUCUUGUGUUGAAAAAUAUUUCAUGAGUGAGCAAAGAGAAAUUUUAUAUCUCCGCACAACCACAUAAUAUCCUCUAUUUAAUACCACUAUUCUUCUUCAGGGAGUGAGAUACCAAACCAAAGCAGUAUGUGAACAUGUUGUCAACCUACACUUGAUUGUUGGACAGUCUGGUAUGAUAUUUCAUAGUAAAUUUUCAGGUUACUUUCACCCAUUCAUUCUGGAAACUUGUUGUUUACAAAGUAGUCGUCAGUUAUUAAAUAACAUGAGAACAUCCAUAACAGCCCUGAAGAUGUAUAUUCCACAUUUUUUGAUGCCAGCCAAACAUGCCAAACUGAGGAGUUAGUGAUGAAGGAAAUAUUCCUUUUCCAUAUUAAGAGGUCUAACAUAGUUUUAACCAGAUUUAUUUCGAAGCCUUCAGCAGAAACCUCAGUAAACAUUUUUGCCUCCUUUUGAUAAGGAAGUUCCUGUAUCAUUUAUAUGUACACAUCCUCUUUUGGGACUUGCCUCUUGCCGAGAUUAAACUGAGUUAUGAUAACUGUAGUAUUUUAUUCACUUUGAUUAAGAUCCUUCAAAAGAAGACUUCCUACAGGACCUAGCAGCAUCUCUUUUGAAUGUCAGCUGGCAUGUAAGAGGAAAAUAUGGCCCCCUGUGUUGUAUUACAUCUGUUGUGGGAGCCAAAAAAAUGUUGCAGUGGUUUUCAAAUAUCCCUCAGGAUAUGUUUCCAUUGAUAAGUGACAGGAACCUCGCCCCUCAUGUGAGUGGUAUCGUAAAUUAUUCUACUAAUGCUAGUGUUAAUUACAUUGGAUAUACCAAUUGAAACCAAUUUCGUCAAUUGCUAUUUAUCCCUUGGGCAUUGAUUUUGAAGUUCUGUUGAACUUUACAUAGGGAGUGAACAAAAUUAGUGUCAAAUUUCUCAGCCUGCAUGUUAAGUUAAGCUCCUCGUAUCAUUGAUAAUUAUAUAUGGUUGAUGAAAUUGUCACCCCUAGCUUUAAAGGGAACAGUAUGACCUUAUUUCCUUAAUAUGUAUUUUGAAUCUUGAAUUUGAUUUCAGGUAAUGGAUUUUAUAGAGCAGAUGACAAGUUCUCACAAGCAAGAAAUCUUGGACAGUGGGGAAGAUAUCAAAGGAUGGAUGGAGGUCUUUUCUGUUUCAUAAAUUUUGAUUAUACUUGCUUUAUCUAAGUCUCCCAACAUGCUCUCUGAAAUUUUAUAUUUUUUGUCUUAAGGUAUGGAUUGUUCCAUUUCUCAAUUUUAUUUGCUGUGGUUGCAGACUUCUGAGGGAAAACUUGGCUCAGGUUUGUUAAAGUUUAUAAAUUUCAAUGCUUUUACUUUAUUUGAAAUUUUUUCUUCUACACAGUUUGUCAUUUCAUAAUUAAUAUUGUUUUCCUCUCUUUUUUUUGUUUGUUUGGAAAACAACCAGCUUCUGACGCUGCUUAAUUAUUUUGUAGUUUUGUCUCCCAAAGUUAUUGAGGGGCUGCCCUGAAAGCCUACAGUUUCUUGUUGAGUAUCUUCAAGAAAACAAAGGUAAGAAUCUUUGUUAUUAACUUUUGUGAAAAGCAGAAAAUGUUUAACAUUUAGGAGCAAAGCUGGACUCUCUCAGGGUACACACAAGCUGGCAGAAUUGAGAAAUACAGGGUUUGAAUUUCCUCAGUGGGAGAACAUCUUAAAAAAUAGGUGAACUCUAAAAGUACAGUUAAACAAAUACUGGUGUUAAUCAAGUUAAUUAAAAGUAAUUAACAUAAAAUGAUUACAUUUUGAAUUUUUUAGGAGUAAAAGAAAGUAACCUUGGGACCUUGGUUACCUGUUUAAAAAUUGCUCGUUCAUCAGGACUAAUGGAUUUUUAUAAGACAGACCAAGAAAAUGCUUCUUUUGGACAUGGCUCAUUGUGGUGUGGGGUGGUUCCAGAACAGCUUAUGAGGAAGGCAUUGUGUCAUUUGGAUGAUCAGGUGUGUUGUGAUCAUGAAAGAUGUAAUUUAACUGACUUUGUACAGUUGAUUUAUGGUCACUCAUACUGUCAAGGAAAAUCAUAAAUUAAAGCUUUUUUGGGUAAUAAAGAAAUUGAAUUGUCAGAGGAUAGGAAGAAACUGAGGAAAAUACUGUGAGGAGACAGGUCCACAGCUGGAGAGGAGUUAAAAUUAUUCUGAGAAUUGGUAUUUAUUGAGUAUGAACUUCUUUGUUGCAAAGUUUUUUGGGGUUUGGGAUUUCAUAUGUGGUUUUCCUAAUGAGAAUAUUGUAAUUUAUCUUGGUAUAAAGUCCUUGAAGAAAGCUAAUUUGCAUCUAGUUUAACAGGGGUCUCUGUUUAAAAGUCUUUGGUUUUCAGCCUUAAACGUUUUCAGACCACAAUUCAAAAGCAAAUAUGUUUUUGUCCUAUUCUUAAUUAACAUUUCAGUUUAUAAAGGCCAUAGACUGAAAAGCAAAAGCUCAAACUUAGAAAUAGAUUUCUAACCAGUGUGAAUUUCGACAUUAGCUACUCUUCCAUUUUUACCCUCAAUUUGGUUUGAAAUUUCAUCACCUCUGAGCAUCCAUUUUAUGACUCUACAAAUUGAUUUUUUAGAUUCGUAUUGAUGCCCUUGGACUGCUGUGUGAUUCUCCACGAGCAACAGAGUUGAUUACAGAGCUGGAUUUACAACUGCUUCAGCUCUUUAUACCACACAACAUGAACAACCAGGCACCUUCCUUCAGACAACAAGCUAGAACACAUCUAAAAAGGGUUGGUUGUUUUGUAUAUUCUGAAAAUCUAUUAUUUAAUUUUCCAUUUCUUGUACUUAAUUGAUCAUAGAAAUUAAGUUUUGAAGCUAGAAUUGAUGAGGCUCAAUAACCAACUGCUUUUUGGGAAAUGAGCCCAACUACUCGUUUAAAGUCUCUUUUCUUGGGGGAAUUAUGACCAGACUCGAGAGGGCAGCAGAAAUCCAGCCGAGAAGUACUAUGCAAUAACUACGUAAUGUAGAGCAUCAGAGUGCAAAAAUCCUAAGGUCUAGGAUUUGACUCCUUAUGUGGAACUCAGAUUUUGUUUGUCUCAAAUUCUCUGUAGUUUUGCUGAGUACUUGCCACAUGUAUGCCUACCUUUUCUUCUAGUUGCUAAUGAGACUGAAAGAGUGCAUCAGGAUAUCUAACAAAGCUGUUAAAAAGAAGAAAGAUAUCAGUGAGAAGAAGCAGUUUCAUGAACAACAACUCACUUUCUAUUGGGUAAUACUUUUUUUAUGUUGCUAUGAUUCAACAUACACAUAAUGUAUACAUCACUAUUUCAAAAUAAUUUUGUAAUAUCACUGUCUUGUUUCAGACAUUUCUGCAGUGGUUUUGUGCCUAUCAGUUUGAUUCCUUGUUCCCAAGUGCAUCAUUUACCCGUCGCACAACAGCUUUGAGCAAUUUGAUGCUCAUCAAGGACAUAUUUGGUUUUAAAGAAGAUGAUGGUACAUUUAGACAGCUGCUUUCAAUUAAAAUGAUAAGUUAUUCCUUAACUGGCCAUAUGCAGGCCAUGAAGUAUUAAGCUUAAAUGAUACAUGUAGAGGUUAUCAACCUAAUGAUAUAAAUAAAUGUUAAAUCCAUGUUUUAUCCCUGGAAGUGAUAUGUAUGUGAAUUGACAUUUUCUUUUGGAUUUGCAGAUUCUACAGGGAAGAGUUUUAAUAUGAGUGAAGUCAUGUCCCCAGGUAAUAUACAUAUUCUUCUGGAUUGCCUGAGUGAUUCCUAUCAAACCAACAAGACAAUGGCAUAUGACUUACUUGUGGCAUCUCCCUCCGAGCAGCUGCCAUUUCAGGUAUGUAUACAUUAGCAGUACUGGUGGAAUAUUUUAUUCACUAUCACUCUGAUAAAGGGCUAUGGCUCAAAACGUCAGCUUUCAAACUCUUUACAGUGGCCAAUUUAUGCUAUCACCACAGUUGAUAAUACUAAACUACCUUGUUAUACUUUCCCACUGAUGCAGCACCACAGUUUCUUUAGAAACAUACCCCCUUUAUUCCAAAAAUGGUUUGUGAGGAGGACAUGAUUAGGUCACCUCUAAUAACAAUAAUAAUAAUAAUAAUAAAAAAACUUUAUUUAAAUGCAAUAAAUAUUUAAAGCAAGAGGCUUGUGGGGUCAUGUUGCAACAAAAUUAUUAUAACAUAAAUAAUAUGAAUAAAUAAUGAUAUACAUAAAUUUAUCUAAAUGUUGAUGGCCAAUGUUUUCUCUACAUGCUGCUAGUCUUUUUUAAUUGGUAAAGUUGAUUGGUUCAUGGUUAUGCUUCACCUUGAUGAAGCAUCGUGCUUGGCUGUGAUUGGUGCAUUUCAAAGGUGUGUUCCUUUAGCAGUCUGUUGUUGUACUAAUCUCCUGUUGAUGGCCUCUUUAUCGUGGCUUUCAUGUAUCUGGAAUUUCUUUUCCAUCUGCCCUGUUGAUAUUGUUGAGAUAAAGUUUUAUGUGAACAGCUUCUUCUACCCUGCAUGGGUAACAACAACAUAUACCUCCUUCACCUUCCCCCUCCCCUCUUUCAAGUCUCUUGCAUGUGUAACAAGAAAAGGGAACUUAUAUUAUAAAAAUAAAUAUUAACAUAUACUUCACAAAGCCUGACUCGGUACAAUUCUAACUCGUUUCCUUCAGGAAGAGAAGUCUUUGCUUGCUUGGCAAAGUAUGAUUGACCGGUUGGUUUCCAGUCCUCGCGCAGUAGAUGCUUCAAGUGCUGCAACAUUGCUUACCCUUCUGGUGGAGAAGUGUGAAUUACCGCUGACAUUUGUUAAGUCUGAGACUGAACAAGAGUAUGUAGAAUCGGAAUCCAAUGCAACAUGUCCACAAGCCCUGAGGGUGGUGAAGUAUCUUACUAAUUUGCUCGAGUCACAUCGUUCAGCUGCUUCAAAGAACCUGUAUUUGACUGGCGCCCAGGCUCCUAUGCAUGGUGUUCUUUAUUGCCUCAGAGCAGUCCUGGGUUACGUCUCAUUGAGGUAAGGUUGGGGUUACAAAUGAUGAAUUUUUGUCUUGUUUAGUCUGAAAAAUGACUUGGCGCAGCAGUUAAAGUUGGCUGUUUGAACGGACUAGUUAUCACUAAAUACCUAAAAAAAUUGAUACAAGAAUAAUUGUGUACAGUGCCAUCAAUUGAUUUAUGGACACUUACCUACCCACACUAAACAUUGAAUUCACUGUGACACCGAAGUAUUUCAAUUUGACGUUUUUUUCUUCAUUUUAGCUCUGUUUCAGACGAUAAACAUUGGCAGAGUCUCAUCUCACAUUUAAUAGAAAAGUGUAUUUGUACAGCAGACAUUGUUUCCCCCGUUGUUACGAGUUCAUCGCCUGAAGGAUUUAUGAUUUAUGAUAGUGAAGGUAAAUAUACAAUUGUUGGUACUGUUGUUACGUUGUUACGAGUUCAUCGCCUGAAGGAUUUAUGAUUUAUGAUAGUGAAGGUAAAUAUACAAUUGUUGGUACUGCUUGGCUUGCAAACCCCCGCAAAAUAGUCAUGAGCUUCUAUUCCAGGCACCCCACAACGCUGACAAGAUCAGUGGAGGGUUGCAAGAGGGAGAGUGGGGUAUGGGAACGCUUGUAAACGCCCAGGACUGUCGAGGAAUAAACUGUUCGGGACGGAAGUUGCAGCGUUUCGUGUGAGCCUUCGCUGGUAACAAAGACCGCUGAACGGAAGAGCCCGCCGUGCUGUAGCCCGUCAACUUUGUCAAUUGUCAUGUAACUGAAUUAAAAUGUUGCAGGAUAUUCAGUGAAAACUGGGGCAAUGUAUCCAAUGACAAAUGACAGAAACAGUUCAGGAUUGAUAGAUGUGGGAAUUUAGAUAAAGGAACUGCACCAUAAAAAAUCGUCAUUUUAGUUCUUUGGCAAUCUCUUGUAAUGUCUAUUUAAUUGUUUCAGACAACACAAACCAGAUCCCUCAACAGUCAGUUUUGGAAGAAAGUCAUGCAAUGGCCCCUGCAGCCCAGAUUCUUUUGGUCUGCUGCUGGAGGACCAUGAAGGAGGUAGCGCUGUUGUUGGGAGAGCUGGUUGAAAAUGCUCCUGUGUAUCUUGAAAACAGCAAGCAUGGCUUGAUACCUACAAAACAGGUACUUCAACCAAAUGAAAAAUUCAGUAAUCGUAGCUUGGUUUUCGUUUCGCUUCAUCGGAACUAAAAUCUGGAAUCUAAUCGAAGAAGAAUUUGAAUCUAAUAGUCGACUACUUGUCUCAAGGAUUUCUUAAAAUAAUCCAUCUUUAAUGGCAAUCGAUUGCACAUAAAUAUUUUAUAAAGUUAAGUGAAUGAGUGCAUGCACAGCCUUAUGCCAUUUUCUGUUUGUUUGUUGGCGAGUGCUUGUUUGUAAGUAGGUGUAUUUCUUAUUUUUUUCUGUAUUUUAACCUGUUUUUUAACGUCUUACCCGGGCGCUUGACUCGACAUGCAUAAGCGUUAAACAUCAGAUCUCCAGUGGAGAAUUUAGCCACAUUGAAUACCAAUUCGUUAUAUACAACAGAAAUAUUUGUCACUCUAUAUGUUAUUCGCUCUCACAUGUCAUUUGUACCAGAAAUAACACCGUACAACCCUUAAAUGUUUUCAGAUAUGUAACAUCGGAGACUUUUUCACUAAAGUUCUCCUGACUUCAAAGCACAGGGGAGCUUUUGAGUUGGCCUACACUGGAUUUGUGAAACUUUGUACAGUGUUGUGGAGGUAUAAUACUGCACAUAGAAAAAGAAACAUUAAAUUUAUGAACUAAUCGAACUUGUUAUGUAGGACCGAUUUUCAAUUGAUUGUUGAAAGUAAUCCGGGAUUUGAUUGAUUUUGCUUUACUGUGCUCUGUGAUUGGUUCAGAAUACUCGCGCCACCAUCUCAACCAAUCAGAUGCAAAACUAAAACCGAAUGCGACUUGCCCACUCGCGUUUUCCCGGGCUUUGGACAGAAUUCUUGUCUUUGCUGUGAGUUGUCAUCAAUUGGCUUCUUGUGACAUUUUCCCUCGCUCUGAUUGGUUGUUGUGAUUACUUUGGUUCUGGUUUUACGAUUCUCAAUUGAAAAGCGCUGUAGGUAGGAGCAAUUAACUCAAGAUAAUUCCUAUUAUGUCUUUACCGAUAAUAGAUGCAUAUUAGAGACGAAAAUAUUCAAAUAGGAAAGCUGCAUCUUCUUUUUUUCCACGUAGGAGUACAGAUACAGAGCUUUGCGAGUUACCAGCGCAGUGGCUCCAGACAUUAUUAGAGGAUCUUACGAGUGAUUCACCUUCAGAAGCUUUGUGUGGGACAAGGCGAAGUGCUGGUGUGCCUUUCUUUAUUCAAGUAAGUUCAGUUAUUACAUUAAUAGUCUCUCUAACAUGUUCUAAAAUAAUUACGGAAUCACCUUUUAGUGCACUCGUAAGUCUUGAAGCAUGUUAACGUCGUCUUCAAAGCGAUUUUACCAUGGGAACAAAGUUGGUAGCCUGUGUGAGGCAAAAUUGUUAACCUCAGGUUGACCAAGGUGCACAUUAUACUAAAGAAAGAAAUGUUUAGGCUGACCUGACACGUGACGUGCCUUAACGUAAGCAGAUCGUCAAUAACUCGACCGGAGGAGUGGUCGUGAAACCUGGCUAUUUUGAAACAUCGUGUUCCAGAGCUUAAACACUGCCUCAAGGACAAAUACUUCUUGUCGGUAGCUGUUAGCUGUACAGGCUGAUCUAAUUGUACCAGGGUUUGUUGCACAGCGUUUUACUGACUGAUACUUUAUACUGCAGGCUAUUGUGACAACUGAACCGUCUGCUGCUGGAAACAAGUGCUUCAGACAAGUCACGGCUGGUAAGAGGCCUUAUGUAAAAAUUUUCACAUAUCCUUUUCCUCGUUUCUUGCUUUCCGUUUUCUGAGAGUGAAGCUUAAAGAAAACUUUGAGCUCCGAGCUCUUUGCCUAAGAUUUUAUUGUGAAUUUAAAACAGAUCUAGUCUUGCAGUUCUUAAGCACUUAAAAUCCCUUUUUUCCUUAGAAUUAUUGCAGGUUGCUGCCAAUCCCACUGACAUUUCCAGGAUUUCUGAUUCAACCCUUCCACAGGUUUGCUUUGAAAAAUUAGAAUUCAGCUUUAGUUCUAGUUAGUUAACAGUAACUUCAGAUGAAUUGUUAUCAUGGCUCCGUUUCCUUCCCAGGUUCACGCUUGCAACAUCCUCCGCGCCCUAUAUCGUGACACCAAACUUGGCGAGGCCGUGUUUCCUUUUGUGUCUGAAGGGGUAAUUGUGGCCAUUGAUGGCUUCCUCUCUGAAAGUUGGGCAGUAAGUACUCACCUCUGUUGUCAUCAGACUACAUUUUUGAUGCUAUUGUUUGAUAAUAUUUUGAUAUUUGCAGUACGUGAUCCUCAUGAUUGAUUUACAUAGGUACGGAACUCGUCGACAAUGCUGUUUAGUGCACUGGUGACCAGGAUAUUUGGAGUGAAGCGAGGAAAAGAUGAACACUCAAGAAAAAACUGGUUAGAAAUUGAAAUCGUCUAGUUUUUUUGUCCAAGCUAACAGAAAUGAGGCGCUCUUUUUGACUUACUUCCCUCUGUCGCUUGUUUGCUCUCUCGAUUAUGCCAAGGGUUGUAAUAGCAACCAAGUAGCGUUCAAAAAGAUUAACUUAUAGGAAUAAAAAAGCAACAUAAAUUGGAAAAGACCUCAAAAUGCGGGAGAACGCUACUGUAUGAAUCUAGGAGCUCCAAAUUUCUCAGAGGAGCCCGAACCUCCUUAGGAACAAGAGGUAUCCUCUGUCUUCAAAAGUACUCGGCUAUUUGUGGACAAGACUACCUUUAAAGCCUUUUAACUCUUUAUGGUGGCUAAUUUACGUUUUCAACUCAGUUGUUAUACACUAAAUUACCUGUUAAACCUGCUAUACGCAGCACAACAGUUUCUUUAGAAACUUACCCCCUUUAUUUACCUAUUUGUACCAUUUCUUAAAGAAAACUACUCUGUUAAAACAGGUUGGUUGUGUUCCCUCACACUUCUCAACUACAACAUAACAUUUUUACGUGCACAACUCUUGCAAAUUUUUCGUUGAAUGUUGUUUGUUUCAGUAUGACAGGAAGAGAGUUCUUCUCCAGAUUUCCAGAGCUCCAUUCAUUCUUCCUCCGUCAUUUGCAAGUUGCUUGUCGAGGAAUUGAAAGGUUUGAUUUUCCUUAAUAACUCGAACCUGAUGUUACUCUGCUGUGUGAAUCACCAGAGGUGUACAGUAAACCGAAAGCAACAGAUACUUACUCCUUAAACCGUUUUUUUAGGAAGGAAUAAAUCACUAAAGCAAGGAUAUCGUUAACCAUCUUAUCUCAUCUUCACAGGGACACCAUCCACGCUAGCAUCCAUCCAGUACUUGUUAUGUUGGCUCGUCUGUAUCCAUCACCUAUGGAUGGUGUUGACUCUACACUCAAUAUGGCGCUGUUUGUACCCUUUGUCAUCAGGUGAUUCCAAAUAAAUAUUUUACAUUUAGCAAUUUGUUAAAACUCUCAGAUGCAUAACUGCAGAUGAAUAUGUCUUCAUUUCUCAAUACCUCGAUUAAGGUCACUUUACAGUAUAACGUCCCAAAUGCUGUCUUGUUUCUCAGCUCUUAUUUGGGUCAUUUGAGCCUUUCAUCUAAAUAUUGUUAUUUAUUUUUUUGUUGAUGUUAUGAUUUAUUUCCUGUCAUGGAGAUACGUUUAUCGUAAGAGUCCUAUUUGUUUUUCAAAUGCUACAAAAUCUCUCAACAUAGAGUGAUUUCAGUUGAGAGUCGCAGGAAAUCUAAGCUGAAGCUCAGCUUCAUUACUUUUAGUUGUAGAAAAAGUUUGGUUAUGAAGACCAGGAUUAUGUCAGCACGUGCUCUCGUUCCGCUAGUGUCCGGUGAUCUCUUGAUUCAAACUCUUCAAGAGCUUCUCGUGUCUCUUCCAGUGAGGUUAGUAGAAUAGAUAGCAGCAACCUUGUUCGUGAUUUUAUUUCAACAGCAAAGGCAAAAAUGAUCACCAAGUAACAUUGGGUUGCGAAUUUUCCUGAAUCCAUUUAAUCAAUUUACUGUGUCAAAUAUGAUCAUCCAAUGAGUGCGGAAACCUCUUUUAGUAUGCUAUGUUUUUGUAUUUUUAAUUUUUUCCUUAGUUAUCGCUGCUGCGACCUUAUUUAUUGUAAAAGCAUGUCUCUUCCAGCUUUCUCCUCCCUUGUAUCUUAAGUUCACUUAUCUUAAUGCCAUUGCUUUAUUUUUUUUAAAUUCGUGUGGAUGUAAGAAUUCUCUCGAACAACAGUUUUUUUUCACAUGACUCACUAGGUUCAUUUUGUUUCACAGCUCAUCUGGUGAAAUAAGACAGAAUCAUGUUCAUGGUACUUUACUCCAUGUAAGUAUCAAGAGAAAAACUUGCUUUUGACCCAUUGAGACCAAUAUCUAUUUCUUCCUUUAAAUGUUUGGCAUUCGAUAUAUUUGACCGUGAACCAGGAAGACUGAGUCUAGUUCGUGAAGACGAAGCUUAGAGGUGAUGAGCAAUAAACUUGCCUGCCGUAAGCGUUGUUUUUCGAAAAAAACUUGUUGAUACAGCACCUUUUUAUUUUUUAAUGGCUCUGAAACAAGUAUAUAUUCGACCAGUGUUACUUAUAUCAUGUUCUUUAAUCAUGACUAAUAUGCAGUUUUUUUGGCUUAAUGCACAGAUUUUUCAUUUAUUAAGUGGCCACGCCCUUGAUGCAACAUUGUCCGCCACAAUUAAGACGAAGAUUGUGACCAAUGUUCUUCCUCAGCUGAAGCAUCCGGCAUGGCUUGGCACACGGUACGUGGCUGGCUUUUAUUUGUAUGAUGUUCUUCAUCGAUUAGGUUUCUUAUUUUUUUCACGAAUAAUCAGGUUUCGUGCUUCAUUCCUUAUCCUAAUGUCAAGUGGCUCAUAAUUGUUGUUGCUUUUGUAGUACUAAGCGACAAGGAGCAUGUAUACUCCUCCCCGGAUGGAAUGCCAGUCCAUCGCCGGGCCCCCCUUCCCCCCCCCCCUCCCCUCGCCAGAACAUUUUUUCGGAUUCCUCUAAACUUUACGAGCACUCAUUUUUACUCGUAGGUUGAAAGUGGCACUGUGCAUGGAAGUGUCUUACUCAAGAACUAAAAGAAACCUUACUUUGCGUAUUCUUUACUGUUGAUCAAAUCUUGGACAAUUAUUAAUGUUUUACAGACUCGGGCCUGAGAAAUCCUUUAAUUUACUAAAGAGAGUUAAUAAGAGUUAUUAAAGAUUUCACGGAAACCUACUUGCAAGUAAUUGCUUGCAUACGUGGUUUUUUUUUAUUGUGGAAGUACGUUUAGUUAUGUCUCUUAAUUUCUCUGUAAGACUCUCUCUUGUUUUGUCCUUUUUUGUCUUUCUUUCGUGCAGGUCCAACCCCUGUGCAGUGUCAAGGUCAGUUUUCUUGGACAUUGUUCUUCAUUUUGUAGUGGACUGGUCUUGGAUCGAUCUCCCAGGUAUUUUUUCUAUUACUUUUUCACUCAAAACCUCUUUUGAAAUGAUUAAAAUGUUAAGGUGCGUCAGCAUAUUGGCCCAUGAUUAGUCAAGGUACCCAUCUGUUUUCAGGCAGUGCAGUCAAUGUAUUAAAGUUAACCUUGAUCAACUCGACAGUGUCACAACUCCUCGAGAUAUCUACACUGAUCGACUUAAUCUCGGCCAUUCAAAACUUAUCCACGAAAAGUAACAGAUAAAUGCAUCUUGGAGCACACCACUUAUGCGUUGUUAACACCUUACAAAUAUUUACGGGUGGCGUUCUCUACUGCUUUUAUUUCAGACGUAUCUAAGAAUGGCUUGCUUAGCCUGAAGCAAUGGUUUGAAUGUGUAGCAAUUGAGGAAACUGUGAAAAAUCAAACGUCCUCAGCCGUCAUUGGAGACGUUUUUGUAAAGAAGUCGGCAGCCGAGAUAUUUCUCAAAGCAUGCGAGGAGUUACCAUCUGCUCCUAACAGCAAAUCUCGCAUACCAGUAACAUCACAGGCUCAGGGUGAUAACCAGGGCUCUGCUGAAAACUUGGUAACCACGGCUAAUUGUUUUGAGGUGAUUCAACAUCUCCUACAGUCUUCAGAAUAUGAAGUGCGACUGGUUGUACUUCAAUUCAUCGUCUCUCACUUGCCCUCUAAAGAGAACACUGACUUUGAGACUAAAGCUGAAUUAGAAGAGAAUACCCCUAAUGAAAGAGAACAUCGCUGGAUAUUUUUGGAACUUGAAGAAAAUAUAAAAAGCCAGUUGUUUACAAUGGCUGUGAAGUCAGAACAUCAUGAUGAUUGUUUAGUACAGGUAACGACUCGGGAAAUCUCAGAAGAUCUUGAAUUGUUGUAUACGACACACAAGAAUCCUUCGACAUGGAAGAAAACCACAAAAUAGUGUGAUGUCCAGAAUAAACAAAUGUUUCUCGGGAGGUUUAGGAGGGUAUCACAGCUAAUUUAGUUGCUGGUGCUUCUGCUCAGCCCAGUCUACGGUUUUAGAACCUAAAGCUAUCUGUAAUGUAGGUAAAAAUUCUGUUUCCCGAGCACAAUAUUCAUUUAUUAAAGCGGGCGGGGGCUACAAUACAGUGAUUAAACCGUAACUUUUUCAUCUUCCAACAAAGCCUUUUGACUUUUCGCUGUUACAGUAACAUGCUUGUGCUAGACAGGAAAUGGACACUGGAAAAUUUUGUUGUCCUUCCUAUUGUUUGGUUUUUUCAAAUUACUUGUUACGUUUUUUAUUUACCGAUGUUACUUUUUGAUUAACAGGUCUUUCAAGCCUUGUACAAACUUCCAGACUCCUUGUCUUUCCCUUGGAAACUGUCUACAGGAGAUCAGGUCUCUUGUUUUCAGGUGGGUGAAUGUUAAGUGAAAACAAUUUUAUCUAGAGAAGAUGAUCAGUUCCCCAUUUGAAAGAUGAAAUUAUUCAAAGUCAGGUUCGGAAUUGAAAAUCUAUCUUCAUGGCUAAAACACAAAUUCUCACAUUGUGAGUUCGAAUCUAUAUGAGAUUUCUGCGGGUAGUGGCAAUUUAACCUAUUUCUUCGCAUGGUUUUUUGAGGUGAGAUAGUUAUAGCCUUAUGCAACACAUUUUCAUGGAUCUAUUGUAAAAUAAUCUUACGUUAUACCAAUAGGAUGCUAUUUGUUUUUCUUUAGUGCUGGAAAUUCGUUGCAGACCUUGCUACCUCACCUAGUCAAAGGUAACUAAGACGUAUUACUUUUGGAAUUAACAAAACUGCAUGAUUUCUGUUGACCUCAGCCCGAUAAACGUUUACAUUUCAAUGCAAAUUUCAACCAAUCAAGCUCUCCCCGGGUGGCAACGGAGACAUUGGUUAAUAUAUACUGGAUUUAGUCUUCAUGAGUUACAUUUAAAUAUUUUGUAAUCGUAACUCAAUUUUUUUGAACUGUGAAUCGUUUAAGAUCCCAGCAUAAUGCAGAACGCUUGUUGCAUAAGCACUUUGUUGUGGCCUCUCUCGCCAUGGAGUUCUCGGUAGCCCAGUGGUCGAGCAUCGGAGCGAAAAUCCCUAGGUCUGGGGUUUAUUUACUUGUGAAGGAACCAGAUUUUUAUUUGUCCCUCGUUCAUUACCAAACCUAUAACAGCUUUCUCUUUUGGAGAAAUCGUGACGCGAUGUAACUUUUUUCCCUCUUCUACUUUACUGCGUGAUGUUUACAAGGAAUUUCCUUAUUUCCCUAGGGAUGAUCUCAAGUGCUCGCUGUUAACGUUUUUGUCCAGGAUGGUUUCUGUAGUACAUGGAAUGACCAAAAGUGAGGUAAUCACAGUCAUAUGUAAGGUGAAUAUCAGAGUUCUAAAGGGACCUCUGCUGUUGGCACGGGAAAGGACUGUCUCAGUUUUGGUGUCUGAGAACAAAGGAUAGUUUUAAGUUACAUGAGUUACCACUCUAAAAAGCACUGUGCUCUCUCGAGAUCACUUUGUGGCGAGAAUGAACCAGAUUGGUCUUUGAAUAUGGCCUCCAAUCUUCUACAAAACUUGCUGUUGAUUCGAGUCAAAGUCUCAUACUCAUCGAAUAUCGUGUUCAAAUAACGUCUUUAUAUACCAUGAACAGUAUUCAUGGUGUAAGUAUUACUUUUUGUUCGGAACAAAAAGUAAUACUUAUGCCAUUAAUACUGAACAUCUCGUUCACAGGAUGAACUCAGGGGUAGAGGUGAUUAAAAAGUAUUUUACUUUACCUUUUAGGACCCAACCAUUGCUAUGGAAGCAUCAGAAGCCCUUUCACAAUUCUCAAAUAUAACUCUGCAUACGAGUUCACCUUCUGAAAGAAUGGAGCUGCGGCUAUGCACAGCACAGGUCCUGGGCGAUACAACAGUUAUCGGUGUGAUGGUGGAUUUAGGUACAACUUUGAGUGAGUAAGACAAAUCACCUUCGUUAUUUGGAGUUCCAUGCCAUCAGGACUGCAUGUCUAUUGCGGUGAAUGCGAUUUAGUUGUUUCGUUUGGGUGGGGUAUAAAAACGACAUGUGAAGGUAGAAUAUGCACUAUCAAGACUUCAGUUGGCGACAUAAAGACAAAGCUUUUUCCAACGUUUUUCCAGUCAAGAUGUAAACUUUUAUUCUUUGUGGAGGAGGGGGGAUCAGGAUUGAUGUCGCAUUGAUCCUGUCAAUAAUAUUUUUUUCCUCUUCCCUUCAAGGUGAAGUACGCUUUCGUCUGUGGACUGUUCUUAUAACUCUGCUUCAGGACGAUGAGCCUCUGGUCAGAGACAAAAUGUCUUACGGGUUUUCUACUUUGUUACAAGUAAUUGAGACCUCUACUGUGGGUAAGUGAAGAAAUUGAACUUUUUGUUCAAGCGAACGUCGGAUGACCAAAUCAUACUUAGCAAUGGACAUGUACCAAGUGGAUUUUCUCGUCCGGUGUCUCUGCUUUUUCCUUUUUUGAUUUUUUUGUUUGUUACAAGGAAGGGAAACACCCCGUAGAAAACACCCUUGUUGAAAGACAAGGAAACAACAACAAAGUUAGUUUAUUUGUGAUGUCAGGAUCGGGAAUCGGACCCAGGCCUUUACGGUUAGAGGCGAACAUUCUCAUCUAUAAACCAUCUGUGCCCCCCCUAUCUUAUUAUUAUUAUUAUUAUUAUUUUUUCUGAAAACCUUCUUAUAAAUUUUGUUCUGUGUGUUGCAGUUUGUACCUUACCCUUUAGAAGUUUUGCCGUAGUUGCUCCUCUCUCACUUGAGAAUGCCAUGUUUUGUGUGUGGUCCUUGUUCUUUGAUGAAGAACCUGUGGCUUGUGUGUCGUGGAUGUUGGACUGGAUUUGUGGCGACCUGGUUUGUGACAGUGAAGACUCUGAUCGGGCAAUUCUCAUUUCAGACAUGGAUCGUCUCUUUGAAAAAGGACCUCUCAACAUUUAUUCUGAGGAUUGUGUUGUGACACGAGUGGCCUGGGAAACUGUAAAAUAUGGAAUGGAACGGAAAAACGGAUGUGCUCUAUUGACUCUUCAGCAACAUAAAUCAACACUGACUAUCUCCUUGAAAGAGCGGUUGGAAAAUUGUCUCUUAUUUCUUGAGAAUCUCAUGCUAAAUAACUGGAACGUUCCUGCAAAUUUUAAUUACUUUUAUCGAGGACUUGUUGGAAUUGCUGUAAUCGCCUUGUUAAAAGAAAAACUGGAAGAAGGAAUUGCUUCUCCUCUGACGAACAGAAUUGAUGCAAUAGUUCAUGCAGUUAAAAAACCUUCUAAUACUGGAGGAAUUUUAUCUCAUCCAAAGACACAGAAGUGCCUUGAGGAAUUAAAUAAAUUUCUUACUUCUUGAAUUACUUAGGAUACAUGGUGUAUUCGUGUGACACGACCUACAAUCUGCUGCUUAAAUGUAAUAAAAACCACAGAUG